UUGUCAUGUGUGUCCGCUGGCAAAGGCUAUCGACCUCCAUAUAUAAGAACACAUGGACCAAGCAGACGACAAUCUCUGCUGUCUCUUCGAUCAGACUCGUUCGUGAUGGGUCUGUACGCGGUUCAGUUUGGCAAGAAGACGUGCGUGAUUCCAUUGGAAUCGAUGAUGUGGGCAUUGAUUGUAAUCUCGUUUCUUCAUCCGAUUUGCGCCGCAGCUGUCAACAGGCACUUGACCGACGACUCUGAUAGUUCCGACCAAUCGACUUACGAGCCGUCCAUGUAUUACAAAAUGUACGCUAGUCAUUACGAAGUAACCACCUACGAAUAUACGUAUCCACGUGUUCACGCUGACGCCAUUUCGUACUCGUCCUACGAGGCUGAUUCGCCUGUUUACAUCACUACAUCAUCACGACCUCGUCUCAUCAAUAAACACGCCAAGAUGGGCGUAGUUCACGCGAGCUAUACCAAAGUUCCAAAAGCAAUCGACAGCCGUGAUUUACUGUGAGACUUUGUUUCCAUUUGAAUGUCACGUUGAUUGUCAAAUGUAUUUGGGAAGUUCUAAUAUACACGAACGAACGUGCUACGAGUUGCAAACGAGA